AUGGCCGGCGAGAUCUUCCCGUCCUUAGUGAUCGCUACCUUAGUGGAGACCUAUCUCUUGCAACGCACGGUCUUUGCUGAGGAAAGCUUCCGAGCAAUUUGCCUAGGGGCUUUGUGUGUCAACUUAUCGCUCCUGGGUAUCUGGAAUGUGGUGAUAUGGCCCUUCUUCCUGAAUCCGCUGCGGCAUCUCCCGACCAUCCCGGGACUGAUGAGCAAUUUGACCAUCCUGUUUGACUCGCCUCGAGGACGCACUCCGCUCCACUGGAUGAAAACGGUCCCCAAUGAUGGUCUCAUCCAUAUGCGUGAUCUCAUCAGUCACAGUUACUUGGUGGCUACAAACCACCAGGCUCUGUUGGAUAUCAUGAGCACUAACACUUAUGACUUUGAAAAGCCCGAGCGCAUACGCAAUUUUCUGGCUCGAAUCCUCGGCUUCGGUAUGAUCCUGUCAGAGGGUGCCGCGCACAAGAAACAGCGCAAGGCCUUGACUCCGGCGUUCAAUAUCAAGAAUAUCCGAGCCAUGUACUCCCUGAUGUGGGAAAAGACCAAUCAGAUGCUGGAGGAAAUAGAGAAAGAGAUCAAGCUGAAUACGAUGGAAGGCACCCAUCCGGCUGAAGAAAUUGGGAAGGUUGAAAUGGGUGUGUGGGGAAGUCGUUUCACUCUCGACAUUAUUGGCCCAGCGGCCAUGGGGCGUGAUUUUCAAUCAUUGCAAAAUAGUGAUAACAAGAUUGCUGAAAGUUUCUUGAAAAUUCUCGAGCCUACUCCGGAGAAGGUGGCUUUCCUAGCCAUGAAUUUUGUGGUGCCCCCUGCAAUUGCCCAGCGGAUUCCCUGGAAGAUGAACGACCUGAUUACCAAUGAAACAAAUUUCCUGCGGGAUCUUUGUAACGAUAUCGUACGCGAAAAGCGCCAGAGUCUGACCGAAUCCAAAGUCUCCGUACAGGAUCUCGAGGCUGAUAUUCUCGGAGCAAUGGUUCUGGGGGGCGACUUUUCUGAUACAGAGUUAGUGGAUCAGAUGUUGACUUUCCUAGCCGCAGGACACGAAACCACCGCCGCUGCUCUUACCUGGGCCUGCUAUCUUCUGACUCAAUAUCCAGAUAUCCAAGAGCGUUUGCGUGCUGAAAUUCGAGAGAAGAUCCCCUCGGCUGGCAGUGCCAUCACUUAUAGCGACUUGGAAUCCCUGCCUCUGCUCAAUGGUGUUUGUCAGGAGGUCCUGCGUCUCUACCCGACGGUGCCCGCAACAAUCCGCGAGGCCAUUCGCGACACCAUGGUGGCAGGAAAACGUGUUCCCAAGGGAACUCGAAUAAUCUUAUGUCCGUACGCGAUUAACCGCUGUCCUUUGUUUUGGGGCGAAAACGGCGAAGAAUUUGUACCGGAACGCUGGAUCGACACAGACAAGAAUGGGAAUCUCGUGCCCAACAACAAUGGCGGUGCAUCAACAAACUUUGCCCAGAUCACUUUCCUUCAUGGUCAGCGAUCAUGUAUUGGAAAAGACUUUGCGCGAGCGGAACUUCGUUGCGGAGUUGCUGGUCUGGUGGGUCGCUUUGCCUUUGAAAUGCAGGACCCGAAGCAGGAGAUCCACAUUGCAGGUGCAGUGACCACUAAGCCCGUGGAGGGUAUGCAUCUCAAAAUGCAACGUGUGGCUGGAUGGUAG